AUUCUCAGGAUUCCGGUAUCUGGUGUACGACAUGAGUUUGGUUAAUUUAUCGUUGGAUGAAAUUAUUGCGCGCCGAAGAGGAACGGACAAAAAAUCAAAUGGAUCCACCAAUCGUUUUCGUAGCAACAGAAAGAAAAGGGAUUUUGCUCCGGAGUAUUCCACCACCAAUUCAGCAUUCACGAGACCAGAGGAUGUACCUUCGGGUAAAUGGGACCAUAGCGGAUUUGAGGAAAUGUAUGGUAAUGGAUCUGGUGAUGGUUCUUCUCCACUUCCAGCUCUAGAACGUGGUGGUCGAUUCAACCGUGUUGAUUUAGCAAGAAAAGUGCGACUUCACAUCACAAAUCUGGCACCAACGGUUAAUUCAGCUGACCUCAAUGAGCUUUUCGAGGAAUAUUCGAUUAUCUCAGCCAAUGUUAAUUACGAUGAAAUGGGGGAGUCGGUGGGUACAGCUGAUGUUGUGACUGAUCGAGUUACUGCUAGGGAAAUUGUCGCCAAUUUAGAUGGUGUUGCACUUGACGGUGAAGUAAUGUCCUUCCACAUGAUCGAUGAUCAGACCAUUCCGGCUAGUCGUAAUGUUCCUGUUAAGAAUCGUUUAAGUUUUCGAGAACGGUCAUGGGGUGUAAUUAAGAAGCGACCACCGAAGCGUCCGCUCACAGGGAUCAAAAAUCGUCGUAAGAAUCGUUCAAAACGUCCGCAAAUGACGGACGAAGAACUGGAUCGAGAACUCGAAGAGUAUAUGAAUAAGCGUGGCCACCAGAAGCAGGAAGAGCAGAAAAUGGAGAAAAUGGAGAUCUGAUUUUUCAUCUCUGUUAAUGUUUCAUGUUCUUCGGUGAUAUCGUCAUUUAGCCUGAUUUUUAAGACGUCAUAUUAUGAGCCUGUUAAACCUUAGAUCGUUAUAAUUGCAUGCAUUCGUAUGCAUUAUUGCGAGAAAGGAUUGAGAGAAGAGUGAGGGAAAGAGCCAGUGGAGACAUGCACGGCGGCGAUAGUACAUGUAUUUGUAAUGCUUGAACUGGUGAUUGCAGAUGGA